GUGCGCUUUGAGAGCAUUCGUUGCCGUCACUGCCCCACGGGUUCCUGGGCACCUGCCGGAAGCGUUGGCGCAGAUUCCUGUCAGGCUCGGCGGACUUGCACCGGGAAGGAUGUACAGAUCCUCUAUCGCGCCUGGAAGGGCUCUUCAGAGCCGUCAGAUUCAGUUUUCUGCCGUGGCAACAAGACCACGGCUGUUGCAGUCUGGCGCCAGCCCAUGACGUGCACCACUACACGUUCACCCAGCCAGUUGGCUGGCAUUACAGCGUCAAACCGGGAUCGCGACUGCCCACCAUGUCAGCCGUUUCAAUGGCGGCCUACUGGUGGAAGCUGUGUGAAUCGCCCUGCUCGAGCGUGUCCAGCGCCAAAGUUUGCGCUGCCUAUUCUGAUUGUGAACAGAUGGGAGGUCUUUCCGCAAAACUUCACGUCCUGGAUAUGGGGUCGCCCUUCUGUUGAAGAGCAGUCGCACUCCUGGCAGCUCGCGUCG